GGUUGUGGCCUGUCUGCAGAAUCCGCACCAACCGGCACCAUGCCCAUGACACUGGGGUACUGGGACAUCCGCGGGCUGGUCCAUGCCACCCGCCUGCUCCUGGAAUACACAGACUCAAGCUAUGAGGAAAAGAAGUACUCUAGGGAAGAUGCUCCUGACUAUGACAGAAGCCAGUGGCUGAAUGAAAAAUUCAAGCUGGGCCUGGACUUUCCCAAUCUGCCCUACUUGAUUGAUGGGGCUCACAAGAUCACCCAGAGCAACGCCAUCCUGCGCUACAUUGCCCGCAAGCACAAUCUGUGUGGGGAGACAGAAGAGGAGAAGAUUCGUGUGGACAGUUUGGAGAACCAGACCAUGGACAACCAUAUGCAGCUGGCCAUGAUCUGCUACAACCCAGAAUUUGAGAAACUGAAGCCAAAGUACUUGGAGGAACUCCCUGAAAAGCUAAAGCUCUACUCAGAGUUUCUGGGGAAGCGGCCAUGGUUCGCAGGAAAUGAGAUCACCUUUGUGGAUUUCCUUGCCUAUGAUGUCCUUGACAUGAAGCGUAUAUUUGAGCCCAAGUGCUUGGACGCCUUCCCAAACUUGAAGGACUUCAUCUCCCGAUUUGAGGGUUUGAAGAAGAUCUCUGCCUACAUGAAGUCCAGCCAAUUCUUCCGAGGUCUUUUGUUUGGAAAGUCAGCUACGUGGAACAGCAAAUAGGGCCCUGUGAUGCCAGAAGAUGAGAGGGAGGAGCCGACCUUGCUGCCUGCGACCCUGGAGAACAGCCUGACUCCCUGGACCCGCUUCUUCCUUUUUCCUUCUUUCUGCUCUCUUCUCUUCCCCAAGGCCUCAUUGGCUUCCUUUCUUCUAACAUCAUCCCUUCCCGCAUCGAGGCUCUUUAAAGCUUCAGCUCCGCACUGUCCUCCAUCAAAGUCCCCCUCCUAACAUCUUCCUUUUCCUGCACUAACGCCAACCUGACUGCUUUUCCUGCCAGUGCUUUUCUCUUCUUUGAGAAGCCAGACUGAUCUCUGAGUUCCCUAGCACUGUCCUCAAAGACGAUCUGUAUGCCCUGCUCCGUUUGCUGGGUCCCUACCCCAGCUGUGUGAUGCCCAGUAAAGCCUGAACCGUGCCUGCC